UACAUAUAUGCCCUGUCUGCCGGUUGAUUCUGAUUAUGAUCUUUGUAGUAUUUACUUUUUAAUGUACGUUUGCUUUGUACAAACCACGUCACGAGGAGAAGUUCCUGCGCUCCAGCUCCAUUCCGUCCCUGCUAAUUCUCCCAAUCAGCUGUGCCACUGUGAUGCUCAAUGGUUUUCCUUCAUCUGUGCAGCUCUGAGGCUGAACUCCUCCCGGCUAUUUCUUGCUUUGCUCUCUACUGCCACUGUAACGCUCGAGAGGAGGGGAGUAAAGAGCGAACAGGGUAAUGAAUGCGUGCACAGACAAGUGCGUUUAACUCCUCUAGAAUUCCUCCAGCAGAGAUGCACGUUUAUCCAGCUCCUAACCCGCGACAUUUCUCAAAUGUUGCUCUGUACAUUCUCUAGUUUCUCUGCUCGGAAUUGUCAUUUUGACCCACCCUCCGUCUAAAAGACAUGCAACUUUGGCAGAGCUUGGCAACCAGGUAGUGGACAGCUGUACAGCAGCAUGCUGUUUCUAGCAAACAGUAUUCCCUGGAUCUUCGCUGAAUCAAUCCACGGCCACUUCGUUUGUGGAUGUAUAUUUAGAUGGUUUGAUUGACGCCUAAGUGGAGGGAAUACACAGAAGGGCGAGGGAGAAUGGCUUCGAAAGAGCGACUGUAUGAGCUGUGGAUGUUAUAUUACACUAAGAAAGAUGUCGUUUACCUGCAGCAGUGGUUGGAGGCAUUCGUGGCGUCUUUUGAGAAGGUCAUUGAUGUGCAGUCGACGGAGCCUCGCCGGCUGGAGGAAUGGAACGCCGACGUCCCCCUCCUCCCCAAGGAGGUGUUGGUGUUCCUCAGCACCCAGCUGUGGCACAGUGCCCUUCACAUGUCAGGGCAGGAUCAGAGCAGCACUGCUCCACACCCACUGCUCCUCAUCAAGUUCUUCAUCAUCAUCUGCAGGAAUAUGGAGAAUAUAGACUCUGAAAAGACUCCGGGGUUUGUGUUUGAGACAAUCAAGCUCCUAAACUUCUGUUUGACUCAGCUGAAGAAGCAGCCAGAUGAUCAGAGCACUUUAGAGUCGGUGGUACAGCAUGGCCUGCUGCUAUGUGAAAACCUCUUUGACCCUUAUCAGACGUGGAGGAGACGGCAGGCAGGGGAGGAGGUCAGUAUGUUGGAGAGAAGCAAGUAUAAAUUCUCCCCUCUUGUUCUACCAGAGGAGCUUCCUUUGCUCUUCCACGACUACCUACAAGAGAGUGAACUAAUCCCAGAGCCACUCGUGGUGAGGCUGGUGCAUCUACAGGGAGCUGUAAUCAGUGGAUGCAAGAGGAACGGCCUACUCUCCAUUACCCCCCAGGCUGUGAAGGACCUCAUGUCUGUGCUGCGUUCCUGGUGCCUCACUCCUGGCUCAUCCCCAGAAGAGCCCAAGAAUUCUUGCCUGCUCAGAAUGACCCUGCGGUGUCUGACUGCAAUGAUCCACCUUCUGCACUCCAGCAGUCCGUCCGAGAGGCAGGUGGAGAUCCGGACAGUACUGGACGGUUACUUCCAGCUGCUGAAUUGGAACCGGCCACCGGACAGCCAGCAGAGAGAUAUGCAGAGCUGGGAGGAUAACCUCAUUACCCUUCUCGAACAAAUGCUGAAUGCUAUCCCAGAGAUCCUGCAGUGUUCAGACCGGCCAGUGUUGCAGGCUAUCUUUCUCAAUAACAACUGUUUCGAGCACAUCCUCCGCCUCAUCCAGAACAGCAAGCUAUAUCAGAGUAACAGGUUUAAGGUGGAGAGUGAGGGCCAAUGUGACCUCACUACACGUUUGCUCACAGAGGCUGAAGUGGAGCAGGUCUGGGAAAAGGGCUCUGACUGCAUCACCGUUCACGCCAUUCGAGUUCUCACUGCAAUUAUGAGCAACUCGCCCUCUGCCAAGGAGGUCUUCAAAGAGCGGAUUGGCUACUCGCAGUUGUUUGAUGUGUUGAAAAGUCAAGGACAACCCACCAAAAGGCUCCUGCAGGAGCUGAUGAACAUGGCUGUUGAAGGAGAGCAUUCCCAGGCCAUGCAGUUGGGCAUCAGCAACGAACAACCUUUGCUCCUGCUGCUGCAGUGGUUGCCAGAUCUGGGCUCUCGCUCUCUGCAGCUGCUGGUGUCCCAGUGGUUGGCGGCCGUGUGUCGAGGAACCCUGUCCUGUCGCACCGUAGCCGUCGAGGCGGGCUUAGUAGGCUCUCUGCUGGAGGUGUUGUCCGAACCCCCGGAGCGGCUCGACCGGCAGUGCGCGGACGCCCUCUUGGGUUUGCUUCAAGACUUGGGAUCUCUUUCUCUACGGCCCUGUGAACUGAAAAGUCUACUGAAGCUUUUGAGGACUGAGCCCGGUGCACCCCCUCACCCGUACUGCGGGCGCGUGGUAAGGGUGCUCUCUGCCAUUGCCGCCCGCGGAGAGGGUGGGUGCAGCGCCUUGCAGUAUUUUGACCUUACGCCCCCUAUGGCGGGUAUUAUGGUGCCAGCUAUACAACGCUGGUCAGGAAGCGCGUUUGCUUUCCAUGCCUGGGUGUGCCUCAACACAGACUUUCCUCCACCCCAGCACCACUACUCAGAAUCCCAUCUGACAAACCUGGAUAAUAUGGUUCGGAUGGCUAAGGGACCACGCAGGAAACAGCUUUACAGUUUCUUCACAGCAAGCGGAACUGGCUUUGAAGCGUUUUUCACCACAGAAGAAGUUUUGGUGGUGGCAGUAUGUACUAAAAAGGAAUACAUGGCCGUUUCUCUGCCAGAACACCCAUUCAGUGAUUGCGCCUGGCACUCAGUUGCCAUUGUUCACGUUCCUGGCCGUCGGCCCUUUGGACAGAACGUGGUCACUGUUUAUGUAGAUGGAGUGCCGUGUAAAACAGCACCCCUGCGCUUUCCUUCUCUGAAUGAGCCUUUCACUUCCUGCUGCAUUGGAUCAGCUGGUCACCGGACCACUACCACCAUGACUACCUCUCCGACCCUGCCCAACCCUUCCCACUCGCCCUCCGAGAUGGCAUUUGCGGCUCAUGUUGGACCACCCACCCUUGCACGUUCCCAGUCCUUCCCUGCAUCCUUUGCGGCAGCCGCAGGGGGGCGGCCGGGGUUGAGUCGAGAAAAUCCAGUUCACACCAUCCCGGCAGGGCUACAGGACACUGCGUGGGGCUCUCCUUCAUCUCUGGGUGGCCUUUUAGCCACGGUGUUCAUCUGCCAUGAAGCUCUGCAGCCUGCUCAGGCACGAGCUUUGUUCACUGCAGGACCCAAUAAUGUUUCUCUAUUCAAAGCCGAUGGUGAACCUUCAGAAGUCAACAGCAAACUAGUGUUAUACUAUACACCACAGGCUUUUAAGAACCAGAUCUGUUUGGAUUUGUCCCCCAACCAUCUGUACGAUGGCAGGCUGACUGGCCACAGAGUAGUGAACUGGGAUGUUAAGGAUGUGCUGAGCUCAGUUGGUGGGAUGGGAGCUCUUCUGCCCCUACUGGAGCAGGUGUGUUUACAGGAUCAGGGCGAGACUGUAGGCCAGGAGACUUCAGAUCUUCUCGGGCCAGAGCUUACAUCCUCUAGGGGCCCUGCCGGCAUGCUGCUACCACUGGGAAAGUCAUCUGAGGGCCGUUUAGAGAAAAACAGUGUAGCAGCAUUUUUGCUGAUGAUUAAGAACAUGCUGCGCAACCAUCCGGCCAAUCAGGAGAGCCUGCUUCAGUGCCACGGGCCGCCUAUCAUCGGAGCCAUGCUCGGCAAGGUUCCCAGCAGCAUGAUGGACAUGAGUGUCCUGAUGGCCUGUCAGUUCCUGCUCAAACAGGUGUCCAAUGAGGGCAACAACGCCCUCUUAUCACAGCUGUACCAGUACCUGCUCUUUGACUUCAGGAUCUGGAGCCACAGCCACUUUGCAGUCUGCCUAGGUCAUGUGCAGUACCUAACCACCGUCAUCAAUGAAGGCAAGCUUAAGACUCGCAAGAGAUAUGGUGUUCAAUACAUCCUGGACUCGAUUCGGACACACUACAGUGUGGAGAAGGAUGGCAGUCCUCUGUCUGAUGAGAGGCAGACGGUGCAGAUCUCUCUUUUCUCUCUGCUGAAGGACCUUCUGAAAUCUCCCACUGCUGAGGAGCUCCACAGUAUACUAGCCUACGCUGCUAUAGUGCAGGACGAGCAACAGGUGAUCAGUAUUUUGGAUGUGUUACACACUGUAUUGAGGAGUUCACCUUCUCCACGAGAGCAGGCUGUGACGGUUCUUCUGGACCGAGGGGUGGAGCAGCUCUACUGUCUUUUGCUCAAAACCAACUAUGGCGAUGAGGCUCGUGAGAGAGUUUUUAGGGUCUUGUAUAAAGUCCUGAAGAGUGAACGUAUACCUGAGCGCAGUAAAGUGCGCAUCAAACUCAAGGACUCUGGAUACCUUGGGCUGGUCUGCUCUUUUGGAGAUGUCCCCAUCACCAUGGGGACUGUACGCUGCCUGUAUGAGCAGGUGCUCGCCACAGAUCCCACUCCUAAUUUUAGAGACCUGUUGGCAGUGGCGUACCUGUCCCAUCGCGCCGACCUCAGCGUCCGACUAGAUAUCUGUCGUAAGCUCUUCCACUUGAUCCACUCCAAUGAAGAGUAUGUGAAGCAGCUCGCUCGUCAGUCAGGCUGGCAGGAUGUUCUCACCAAACUCUACAUCAAAGAGUCAUACGAGUCUCGCGUUCACAGCCAAUCCAAUUCUUUAUCCAGCCCCACCAACUCUCUGGACCCCGUUCUUUCCAGACCCGUCUUCCGUCGUGAGGACAGUGUAAUGGAGGACACUCGGCAGAAUGUCUACAUUUCCCUCACCGCCCGCCAUGAAGAGGAGUUCGAGGAGGAAGAAGCUCAAGAAUCAUCCGAAGGCUACUCUGACCUCUCCCAGUCCCCUCCAUCAACUGGACAACUCAAGAAUGAUUCCCUCCACUUCAAGCCAUUUGACUCUGGAGAACAAAGCAGUCAUUCGUCCACCCUGUCCAACACUGUGGACAUUCCGUCAUCCCGUUUGCUGGAGGAAGAGGAAAGCGUGUAUCAGCCGCUCUCGCCCUUCAGCUCACCCUUUGAGCUAGAACUAAGCCUUCAGAAAGGACCUCAGACACCUGUGGGUAGCCAGCCAGAGACCCCGUCUCCUUUGGAGCACAGUAAGAGCUUCCCAGGCAUGAGGCCACGCAAGAGCUCCAGUCUGUCCAACGUUCUGGACGACACAAGCUACAGCACCGAACCACCAACAGACACCAUCUCUAACACAUCCAACCCACAGGCUCCAGAGGAGGAGUUGUGUAAUUUGCUGACGAACAUCGUAUUCUUUGUGCUGUGGAGCGGCACUGAGGGGUCUGAGGAUGUGAUAUGGAGAGAAAGGGGUCAGGUGUUCUCUGUCCUCACCAAGCUUGGCUCAUCCUGUCAGCUGGUGCGGCCACCUGAUGACAUCAAACGCAGUUUGUUGGAGAUGAUGCUGGAGUCGUCACUGUCAGAUUUGAGGGACUCUCAGGGCGGGUCCCUGCCCCAUGUGCCUUCUUUGCUCCGCCUCCUCAGGCUGCUCCAAGACUUCCUGUUCGCCGAGGGCACUGACAAUCAAACACUAUGGAGUGAGAAGAUCUUUGAGGGGGUGGUGAAUCUAUUGGACAGGCUGCAGGCAUGGCACACGACCCCUGGGUCAGCGGGGGCCUCUGAGCUCAAAGAGAUGUCUCUGAUCGGCCUGCGAAUCAUCACUGGAUACAUUCAGCAGCAGCAGAACCCACAGGUGUGUGAGAUGGCAUGUUUAAAGCUUCAUAGCCUCCUGCAAACUGUGUUAUGUCUGUCCUGGGAGGAGGUGUGUUUUCUUCUGGGUCGUCUUGGUGCACCACUUUGGCCUGCGAACUCUGGUUCAGACCCAGGCACCGAGGCUCUGCUGAGCCCGCUGGUUCCCAUCGUCCGAGCGCUUUUGGACCAGCAUGCGGAUCGCACCAACCUUCAGAAGAUGCUCCCCAAUCUGCCUGCCACCAAUGGCAGCCCUUCCUUUGCCCAGGAUCUCCAGAACUACUGCAGCACUGCUGAGUGGCAGCAGUUCUACCAGAACCACGUGGAGCCCACAAUGCAGCAGUAUGAGCUAGACACUUUUGGCAAGAGUCAUGACCUGAUGUCCAACUUUUGGAAUUCCUGCUUUGAUGACCUCAUGAGCACUGCACAGAGAAGAGACAAGGACCGUUCUGACUGCAAAGCCAAGUUUCAGGAGCUCAUCACUGACCCAUACCUGAAACGAGUGCGCACAGAGAACAGCCGUUACCACAGUGUGCAGAAAAUGAUUAACAGCCACCAGGGGGUGGUGUGGAGGCACUGGAAAUCACUGCGCAGGUUACUGAGCAGCGAAAGAGGAGCCUGGGCACUCAGGGUUCAGCCGGAGGUGAAAUGGAAACUGUCGAGCGCAGAGACGUACUCUAAGAUGCGUCUGAAGCUGGUGCCAAAUUACAGCUUUGAUUCCCACAAUGAUGCCAGUGCACUGAGAGAUAACAUGGGAGCUGACAGUCCACGCAGCUCAACCGAGCCCAUCCCUCUCGCUGUUGCCAAGGAAGCCAAAGUUAGUGACAUGGAGGAUGACAAACUAGAGGAUGAGGAUAUAGUCAUCAUUGAUGAGGCGGAGGAGGGCGAAGAGGAGAGCCAGAAAGAAAAGCUGGUGCUCUCAGAGGAGUGUGAGCUCAUCACUAUUGUUGCCGUGGUACCAGGUCGUCUGGAGGUCACAACGCACCACCUGUACUUCUACGAUGGCAGCAGUGAGAAAGAGGAGACAGAGGAAGGCAUUGGGUUUGAUUUCAAGAGGCCCUUGUCACAGCUAAGGGAGGUCCACCUGAGGCGCUACAACCUGCGGAGAUCGGCUCUAGAGCUGUUCUUCAUUGACCAGGCACACUACUUCAUCAACUUCAGGAAGGGGGUGAGCUGGACACAUACUAACUCUUGUACUGCAGGGAAAACUACAGGAGAAAUGGAUUGCAUUUCAGUUCUCUGUGUUUUUAUAUUUGUUUCAUUUCUCCCACAGGUGCGGAAUAAAGUCUACUCCAGGAUCCUGGGUCUCAGACCACCCAAUCUGUUCUACUUUGGUUCUCGCUCUCCUCAGGAGCUCCUGAAAGCCUCCAACCUGACUCACAGAUGGGUUUGCAGAGAAAUCUCCAAUUUUGAAUAUCUGAUGCAGCUCAACACCAUUGCUGGUCGCACAUACAAUGAUUUAUCUCAGUAUCCAGUGUUCCCCUGGGUGUUGUGUGACUACACAUCUGCUGAAUUGGAUCUGGAGGACCCAGCUGUUUUCAGAGAUUUGUCCAAACCCAUUGGUGUCGUCAACCCUCGACAUGCACAGAACGUCAGGGAAAAGUAUGAGAGUUUUGAGGACCCGACAGGCACUAUCGAUAAGUUCCACUAUGGCACACACUACUCUAAUGCUGCCGGCGUCAUGCACUACAUGAUCCGCACAGAGCCCUUCACCUCAUUACAUAUACAGCUCCAGAGCGGCAAGUUUGAUUGUGCCGAUCGGCAGUUUCAUUCAGUAGCAGCAGCGUGGCAGGCGCGAAUGGAGAGUCCAGCUGAUGUCAAGGAGCUCAUCCCAGAGUUCUUCUACUUCCCAGAGUUCCUGCAGAACAGGAAUGAUUUUGAUCUGGGCUGCUUGCAAAUAAGUCAGGAGAAGGUCAAUGAUGUGUUGCUUCCUGCCUGGGCGUCUUCACCUGAAGAUUUCAUCAGGAAACACCGCAAAGCUUUGGAGAGUGAACAUGUGUCUGCUCACCUGCACGAGUGGAUUGAUCUCAUUUUCGGGUAUAAGCAGCGAGGACCUGAAGCGGUGGAGGCUCUCAAUGUCUUCUACUACUGCACCUAUGAGGGUGCGGUGGAUCUGGAUGCCAUAGCUAAUGAGACUGAGCGAAAGGCCCUGGAAGGCAUCAUCAGCAACUUUGGCCAAACGCCCUGUCAGCUUCUCAAGGAGCCCCAUCCUCCCCGUAUGUCAGCUGAGAAUGCAUUCAGGCGGCAGGCCCGUCUGGACAUUCUCCCCCCCAAUCUUUUUGAUCAGCUCAGUAAACUCCGAUCUUUUAAGGAGGUGGUAAGUGAUGGUCUGCCAUUAGUGCAAGCCGUGGUGCCCAGAAAUCAAACCCGCUCCUUUAUCAUCCCUGGUUCUGACAUACUGGUGACAGUGAGUGCUAAUGGUAUGAUAGGCACUCAUAGCUGGCUGCCCUACGACAAGAACAUAGCUAAUUACUUCACCUUCACCAGAGACCCCACUGUGAGCAACCAAAAGACCCAGCGGUUCCUCAGCGGGCCGUUCUCCCCAGGGGUGGAAAUCGGGUCCCAGGUGCUGGUGGUGUCCACUGACGGGCGUCUGCUGUUCAGCGGGGGGCACUGGGACUGCAGCAUUCGGGUCACUAUGUUAGGCAAGGCCAAGCUGGUGGGCAGGAUCUGCCGUCACAUAGAUGUGGUCACAUGCCUGGCUUUGGAUCUCUGUGGUAUCUACCUCAUCUCUGGCUCACGAGACACCACCUGCAUGGUGUGGCAGGUCCAACAGCAGGGUGGUUUCUCUAGUGGUUUGUCUCCACGGCCAGUGCAGGUGCUCUGUGGACAUGAUCAAGAGGUCACGUGUGUCGCCAUCAGCACUGAGUUGGAUAUGGCGAUCUCAGGGUCAAAGGAUGGCACAGUAAUCAUGCACAGCGUGCGUCGUGGACAGUAUCUGCGGACCCUGAGACCGCCGUGUGAGAGCUGCCUUCCUGCCCCUGUGGCCCAUCUGGAGGUCGGCAUGGAAGGGCACAUAGUGGCACAAACUGUUAUGGAGGGACGCUCUGCUGGAAAGGAGAAGUACGCACUGCACGUGUAUUCUGUGAAUGGCAGUCUCUUAGCAUCUGAGACCUUGGAUGAGAAGAUUUCAGCUUUGCAUCUGGUGCCUGACUACCUCAUCAUGGGCACACAACAGGGGAACCUUCACAUUCGAGACUUGUACAGCCUGAAUCUGUCUGUGGCGCCGUUGGCCCUGAAGGUCCCAGUGCGCUGCGUGUCUGUCACGAAAGAGAGCAGUCAUAUUCUGGUGGGCCUGGAGGAUGGCAAACUCAUUGUGGUAGGAGCAGGAAAACCGGAGGAGGUGCGGUCUGGGCAGUUUUCCCGCCGACUGUGGGGCUCCACACGCAGAAUCUCCCAGGUGUCCUCAGGAGAGACCGAAUACAACCCCGUCGAGCCUCCUGCUAAAUGAGCCCCUCGUGCCUUCAGCAAAAACUGUGCAUCCAUAAGAGACAAUAGCGUCAGCGUUCCUGCACCGCUCGUCCGCUUUCCUGCCCUUUUAAACCAGAGAGCUUGGGAACAAGAGAGCGUAAAGGGAACACAAGUGGUGAAACGUGCACUUUUUUUUAUAAAAAGGGAAAAGAACAUUCUUCUUGAAAAUGCAAUGAUUUAUACUGCUUUUAACAGAUAAACAUUCCAAAGAUUUUUGAUCAGGCAGGCAACUUUUUCAAUGUUGACGGCUAAGACUGAAAUUUUUAAAAGCAGUAUGUUCUGUCCUGUGAAUCACAGACUGUCUUCUCACUGGCUGGAGCCCGAAGCACUGUAGCUCAGCGUGAUGGACUUAGUCUCUGUCACUAAGUGACAAACCAUCAUCACUUGAGCUGUUUUAUAGUAUAGUAGAUCUUCCUAUGCUGAUAUUUGCUUUUGCUUUACUGGCUACGAACAGCACAGCAACACUGGUACUCCGUCUGACACUUGAAAACCUUCUCAAAUUGAGCAAUGUCAUCUAUAAAGCCAGAUUUUUUUCCAUGGGACAGGCACCAGCAGAGACAUUUUAACUCUGUGUAUGUAUGUGGGUGUGGGUGUUUGUAAUGCUUUGCACGGUUACUUGCAGACGCUUUGUAUAACGCAAUAAUUAAUGUGACGCCUAAAUUGGAACAAGAUCCUUUCGCUCUUGUUUAAUUAUGUGAAGCGCUUUGAGCCCUACGAAGUCUUGAGACUUGAUUCAGUACCUCUGGUGCCUUAAAACAGGUAAACAAUAGAAAUGGCCAUAAGUAUGAUUGAUUAUGACAUAAAAUAUAAAGGGAUAGUUCACCUGAAAAUGAAAGUUUUGUCAUCACCCGCAUGGUGUUCCAAAUCAGUUUGACUGACGUUUUCCUGAAAAAAAAAAUGAUAAUAGUUAUAGUAAAUACAUGUCUUCUUUUCUGAUUAAAAAAAGCCAUGACGGUUUAGGAACAGCAUUAUGUAUAAGUAAAUGAUCACAUAAUUUUAAUUUUGGGAUGAACUAUCUAUUUACCUAAUUAGGGUUCUGCUCAUAAAAACAGCUUUUUUAAUAUUGGCACAUCUUUAUUUCUCUCACACUGUGUAAAUCUUUCAUAUCCUGUUAUAUAUUAUAAAAAGGAAGUGCCUUUCCUGUUAUGGAUUUGCACAGCCAUCACAAAAAAAUCCUUUUGACGGUGAACGAGACAGUCCACUUACAUGUGCGUUCUUCCACUGUAGGGCAGCGCUUUCUAAAAUAGGCAUAAAUUGCACUUGAAUAUAAAGCGCUUUUGGCUUCUUUUCAUAUAAUAGUCGCGAUACGGUUUCAGCACAUCCUCACAUGCUUAACGUGCUGUGCUUAAAAACAUUUACAGAAAAUCUAAACCGUAACAAGAAUUUUAUCCAUUUUUAACUCCGCAAAGUGCCUCAAAUGUGUUCCUCACUGUAAUUAUGAAACUAUUUGUAAUAUGUGAACCAUACACCAGCUAAUUGUCCUGUGAAUGUGUUUGUUGGCCGGGGCCACAACUUUGUCUAUGUUACCAUUGGAAUUUUUUGUCUAGAUGUUUUUUUUUCUCCUCUUGACGCACUGAAUGCUUUGAAGCCUCUGCUGUGUGAGUGGUGUCUGUGCGACACAUGGGUAUUGGGGUGAGAGAGCAGAGGACACAUCUUGCUGGCUUCUCUGGGAUGGUUGCGUUAAAUCUGCUGCUCUGCGCUGGAUAGCAAAGCCAGCAGAGACAAAGGAAAGCACCGAGCACAACAGCCAGCAGUUAUACACUGUUUAAAAAUUAGUUUACCCGGAAAUUAUAUAUAUUUUUUCUAAUGUUUACUCACCAUUGUGUUGUUUUAAACUUGUAUGACUUUCUAUAAAAAGUAAUAAUAAGUAACUCACCCCUGGCCGGAGUUUGACUGACAGGCGAACUGACCAAUCAUAACGCCGAAUUUGCCAUUUUGUCCGACAAACAAACCAGACAGAGGAGUAGAUUAAUGUCGGUGGACUUAUGAUGCCUUCACGUGCUAUCGGAAUUAUCGUAAAUAUGAGUUUCCUAAUUCAAAAUUAGACGUGAACGCUUCUCAAAUCGUUAUUUACUACUGGGAAAUUCGGAAAUAAUUUUGAUGCCAGAGUUCCCGAAGUUGGGCGCGUCAUAAACUUUAAACAUGGUGGAGGAGACAACCACUGCUGCAUGCAGUUCUCACAACUACGUCUCUUUGUUUUGUCGCUAAAGUAGUGUAUUUAUAGGCUAGAUAUAAACGAUCAUUGGAAGCAUAUUGUAUGUUUUAUAAACAGUGAAAUUGCAGUGAAAUUUUUGCAAACUGCAUGUGUCGCACCUACGGUGAAUGUUUAUAUGAUUGUCAACCAAUGGGAUGCUACAUUUUAUUCUUUCUGACAUUAAAGCACUUGACAAGCUUGUAAUCACGACUUCAUAAGUGAGAAACAGGAAAUUUACGAUAGCACGUGAAGGCAGCAUUAAACUUGUCCAUACAGUUUUCUUAAGUCAUUUGUGUGAGAAACUUACCAAUAUUCAAGGUGUUAUUUGCUUGAAACUCUUCCCCUCAGGUGAGCUGUUAACUGCUGUGACCGGAACACUGAGUCAGUUUGAUUUUUAAACGAAUCAUUUAGGCUUUGUGAACUGAAUCAUUCAUUGAAAAGUUCUCAGACGAACGAUUUGUUCAUGUUCAUGAAUAAUGACUUAAAAUUCCACAUUUAAAACUACUGUCUGAGUUCAGAAGUUAAAUAUAGAGCUUAAGUAGUCUAGUAUGGAUCACUUUUUAGAUUAUUCUUUUGAAGCUUUGGUCAACAUUCAGUUUAAUUGCUGAGUGAGAGCAACCAGAACGAAUCUUCUAAAUCCUCUUUUUGUGUUCCACAAAAGAUAAAAAGUCAUACAGGUUUGGACUGACAUUAGGGGGGAGUAAAUUUAAUUUUCUUCAGUGAAUUAUUUCUUCAUCACAACAUUGUCCUCUGUAUCACUAUCACUCAUAGUUCAAACACUGCCACUGAAAUUAUUACUGUAAGAUAGCUUAAGGGAUUUUUUUUUUUUUUUGGAAAUGUGUGUUAUUUUUCCACUGUUUCCCCGCUACACACGCACAAACCCUUGUACACAGGGUUUAGUCUUGAAGAUCUAACGAUAGAUUUUCAUUUGUGUUGGGAAACUGAAGCCAUAGGAGAUUAAGGCCUGUUUUUAUGAAAUGCUUACAACUAAACCACUCCACAAUUCUUGUUAUGCAGGAUCUAUGAUGUCGCCGAACAGGACGAAUUAUGUUAAGCUCCAUGUCUGUUCGAACAAAUGACAGCUUCAAAAGAGAUGUAAACAGUCAUUCUCUGUUAAACAAAUACUGCCCAUUUCUGUUUCACAGCCUUCGUGUUUGAGUGAAUGAUGUGAUUGUGUAAAUGUAUAUGGUUCCUUUUAAUUAAAUAUAUUAGUCAAUAUAAAUUGACUUGAGU